CUUUCCACCCAUGAUACCCAAACCACAAACACCCAUCUAUAGCUCUUUCCUCUGGAGCAAGCGAGUUUUCCAUUGUCUAGUUUUACUUCUAGUUCAUUUCUCUGAAAAUGGCUGCUUCCACCAUGGCCCUCUCUUCACCAUUUGUGACAGGAAAGGCAGUGAAAACUGCUUCCUCUGUCGCCAAAGGUGGCAGGAUCCUUAGGAUCACCAUGAGGAAGGCUGUUGCCAAGACUGUCUCGUCUGGCAGCCCAUGGUACGGCCCGGACCGAGUCAAGUACUUGGGUCCAUUUUCUGGUGAGGCCCCAUCGUACCUCACUGGCGAAUUUCCCGGUGACUAUGGCUGGGACACUGCUGGACUAUCGGCUGACCCAGAAACCUUUGCCAAGAACCGGGAGCUCGAGGUGAUUCACUGCAGAUGGGCCAUGCUUGGCGCUCUUGGGUGUGUCUUCCCCGAGCUUUUGGCCCGCAACGGUGUCAAGUUCGGUGAGGCCGUGUGGUUCAAGGCUGGAGCCCAAAUCUUCAGCGAGGGUGGACUUGACUACUUGGGAAACUCUAGCUUGAUCCAUGCCCAAAGCAUUUUGGCCAUUUGGGCUUGCCAAGUUAUCUUGAUGGGUGCUGUUGAGGGCUACCGGAUUGCUGGUGGGCCUCUCGGAGAGAUCACCGACCCACUCUACCCCGGUGGAAGCUUCGAUCCAUUAGGGCUUGCUGAUGAUCCAGAGGCUUUUGCUGAGCUCAAGGUGAAGGAGAUCAAGAACGGAAGACUUGCCAUGUUUUCCAUGUUUGGGUUCUUUGUUCAAGCCAUUGUGACUGGAAAAGGCCCAUUGGAGAACUUGGCUGACCACCUAGCUGACCCAGUUAACAACAAUGCAUGGGCUUUUGCCACAAACUUCGUACCCGGGAAGUGCAUUCAUGGAAGGCCUCUUUCAUGGUCAAGGGAACUGGAUUGGGCUAGGAAUCAUCUGGAUCGGAGUUCAUUUUUGGCUGCCGUGGAGUGGAAUUCGCUGCCAUUAGGUCUUUGGCCCAACGGCAUCAAUAAUGCACAAUCUGCUAUUACUAGUGGGGAGCAUUAUUUGGUGGAUAGGAAGAAGAACUCGAGACAUUGCAUGGGAUACUUGAUAUCAUCAAAUGGUGGUGAACAGAUUGCCAAAUGGUUCAUUUCUUUGAAAAUGGCUGCUUCCACCAUGGCACUCUCUUCACCGUUUGAGACUGGAAAGGCAGUGAAAACUGCUUCCUCUGUCGCCAAAGGUGGCAGGAUCCUUAGGAUCACCAUGAGGAAGGCUGUUGCCAAGACCGUCUCGUCCGGCAGCCCAUGGUACGGCCCAGACCGAGUCAAGUACUUGGGCCCAUUCUCCGGUGAGGCCCCAUCGUAUCUCACUGGCGAAUUUCCCGGUGACUAUGGCUGGGACACUGCUGGGCUAUCAGCUGACCCAGAAACCUUUGCUAAAAAUCGUGAGCUCGAGGUGAUCCACUGCAGAUGGGCCAUGCUCGGAGCUCUUGGGUGCGUCUUCCCCGAGCUCUUGGCCCGCAACGGUGUCAAGUUCGGUGAGGCCGUGUGGUUCAAGGCCGGAGCCCAAAUCUUCAGUGAGGGUGGACUUGACUACUUGGGAAACUCCAGCUUGAUCCAUGCCCAAAGCAUUUUGGCCAUUUGGACUUGCCAAGUUAUCUUGAUGGGGGCUGUUGAGGGCUACCGAGUUGCUGGAGGGCCGCUAGGAGAAGUCACCAACCCGCUCUACCCUGGUGGAAGCUUCGAUCCAUUAGGCCUUGCUGACGAUCCAGAGGCUUUUGCUGAGCUCAAGGUGAAGGAAAUCAAAAACGGAAGACUUGCUAUGUUUUCCAUGUUCGGGUUCUUCGUUCAAGCCAUUGUGACCGGAAAGGGCCCAUUGGAGAACUUGGCUGACCACCUUGCUGACCCAGUUAACAACAAUGCAUGGGCAUUUGCCACUAACUUAGUGCCUGGAAAGUGAAUGUGAAAACGAUAUAGAUUUAUGCCUGAACUGAAUGGAUUUGAAUGUGAAUCUGACUUUUUGAUGUGUAUAAUGGCUUGAAGUUAAUGCUGGAAAUGGGAAUUCUUUGAUCUGUAUGUUGACAAA